GAAUCGACUCCCGAGUGAUUCCACCUUACAAUUUUGAUAUAUUGAUAUAAGAAUCGACUCCUUGUAGGUCAUCCGAAUAAAAAAUAGAAAUAAAAAAUUAAAAAAGACCACUAUCAUACGGUUUUAUUGUUUACAAACGAUUUAGUAAAUAAGCACGAAGAACAUAUAUGGAGAUUCGCCCUUGCACUGCUGUACUUUGUGUAUUGGGUUGUUCAAAAGAGUCGACUCCCGGGUGUGCGCGGUGUAGAUUCGUGUAGUAGAUGGAGCGCUGAAAACACACACCGGGAAAUGGACGUUCAUUCAGUUACCACGUCGAGCUUGUGAGUGAUUCUAUCCACUACACUGUCACCGAAAGCGUUUCUUGGGGGAAUACAGAACAAGGAUUAUUUCUGACAAUAAGAGCAGAAAUGGCGCAGGCGGUACAGAUCAUCAGAACACGACACACAACCAGCUGAUGACGCGACUGCCGACCAGCCCAGUUCUCAUUCACGUUACUGUGAUGAUCCUUUAAACUGGUCUAAAGAAGAUGGAAAUCCCUGCAUCUGACCCCAGCUUUGGGCACCAGCAGCAGACAUUUGAGAGCUGGAAUGCUUGGGGUGCAGUCACGCCACCUUACUCUCCUACUGCAUUUCCUGCAUUUUCUUCUCCAUCUGGUUAUCACCUACACCCAAACUGUGUGCCUCAGAACGGACCGGCUGCUACGGGUCCUGCAGCAAUGCCAGGCGGUACGGUGAUCUCUGAGUGCUCCCAGCCUGUGACAGCGUACUGGUCCCCCCAUCAGCCCCAUUGCAAUGGUGUGUAUAAACCUGUCUCUGAAGCCAGAAGUCCAUUGCAGACAUCACCACAGGGAAUCGACUCGCAGCCGACCAUUCCUAUAUCCAGCCCUAAAUCAGAGUCCCGCUAUGGUUUGGAUCCUCAGCUUCUCCCCAGUGCUGUGCAGGUUAUAAGUGAGGACAGGGCUCAGUGGGAGGGGAAGAUAUUUGCAUCUGAGCCCAAGUCCCCUGUCCCUCCUCUCUCUAGCACCUCUUGCACUCUGGAGGACAGAGGAAAUGCAACUGCUCGGUUUGUCCGCUGCACAUCCUACAGCUUUCCUGUUGAGGCCCAGUCUGCACAGCAGAGCCACCUUCCUCUGGCAGCCAUUCUCUGCCCCCUGGCCAGACUUGAGAAUGGAGAGAGUCCAGUGCCAGUGUGUAACGCAGGGGAGUGUGUUAAGGGCUGUAGUGUAUGUGGUGCCUUCAUGAGUCCUGCUAUGAGCUGGCAGGACUGCGGGCAGCGCUUCUACUGUCCUUUUUGUGGCAAAGUCACAGAAGUGCCAUGGCAAUCCUAUCAGCCUACCAACAAGGGACAACGAGUUGACCGGGAGAAGAGACCAGAACUUAGUUUGGGUUCAUACGAGAUCCUGGAAACAAUAAAGGGAGAGCCUGCUGUCUUGCUUCUUGCAAUUGAUGUCACCGCUGUUGCAAUCAGAUCAGGACAACUGGACUUCAUCUGUCAGCAGCUUUGUGCUUUUCUACUGUCGUUAAAUGGGGGGGAAGAUGAUGCACAUUCAGAUCUGCGUGUUGGUUUGAUUACGUAUGACAGCAAGAUCCACCUCUAUGAUCUCAAUCCGACCUUGUCCCGACCUCACAUGAUGGUCCUGACAGACGCAGAUGAGAUGGAACUUCCUGUGCAGGAGGGGCUUCUGGUACCACUUCAAGAGUGCCUUCACAUUGUAGAGAGCAUUCUGCAACAAAUUCCACUGUUUGAUGCGGAGAUGCAGGACACGUCAGGCUCGCAAGACCUUCCGGUUCAAGCUGGACUCAAGAUCCUACAGGCUGCAGAUUGUCCCGGGAAGCUGUUGGUCUUUCAUUCUUCACCUCUUACAGAAAGCUCAGAGAAACAAAGCUCCCGUGGCUUCUUUUCCUCCAAUAAACCAAAGUCAAUCUUCCAGGCACCAGAAUCCUCUGCAUCACUGACUAAGGCAUGCGUCAGUCAAGGAUGCAGCGUCCAGCUUUUUGUGUUUUCACAGCCGGAUGUGGGUGGGGCUUGGCCUGGGCAUGUCCCUUUCCUCACAGGGGGGAGGCUGAUCUGCUACAACAGCCUACAGUCGGAGCUGGAGAGAGAAUGUUUCUGUGGAGAUCUUAGGAGGAGCCUGGACACUGACAUGGCAUUCCGAGCCCGGCUUCGAGUUUUUGUUAGCAAAGAAUUACGAGUGUCUGGUUGUUAUGGCUCCUUCCUCGUCGGCCCGGAGUCCCACUGCGUUGCCAUGGCAGCGCUUGAUUGGCAAACAGCCCUGGCAUUUGAGUUCACUCACUGUAAAUCACUUGAUGAAACAAGAGGCGUGGCCAUUCAGGCUGUCCUGUCCUACUGUGGGCGUGAAGGAGAGAGGAGGACGCGGAUACACACAAUCACUUUGGCUUGCUCUCAGAAUCUGAUGGACACGUUCAGGACCAGCCAGGCCGAGACACUGCUCACAUUCUACUGCAAAAAGAUGUACUGCUUGGCGUUAGAGACACCUCUCCAGCGUCUACGUGAGGAGCUACAGACUGAGAUCACAGAAGCUUUUGCCUGCUACAGGAAACACUGCUGCACUACUUCUGUCUCACCUGGACAGCUGGUGAUGCCUCAGUUUCUAAAGAUUCUCCCCGUCUACAUUAACAGUCUAAGAAAGAGUGAGGUUCUUCUCCCGGGACUGCGCAGUUCCAUUCAUCAGCGCCUGCAGCUGCGCAGCAUCACCGUCUCCAUGGAUACGCGCGGCACCGUCGCACAGCUGUACCCACUCGUCCUGCCUCUGCUGGUGAAUGCUGAGGGAGGCUCUGUACCCUCCAUGGAUAUGGUGUUGCGAGACUCUGCCUCCAGCCUCCAGUCUGACCGUGUCUACCUGCUUUAUUCCCCACUGACGCUGAUUCUCUGGGUGGGCAGCCAGGUUUCCACUCAGGCCUUAACACAACUCUUCAACACAACCUCCUUCUUAUCACUGACCUCCGGCGAGAUCAAACCUCCGGUGCUGGAUAAUCCUCUCUCUGUCAGUCUCAAGAAACUCAUCAGCAUCUUACAGUCCUAUGCAGCUGUGACUCUUAAGCUUAAGGUGGUGAAGGAAGGCGACAGUUGCGACGAGUGCGUGCAGCGUCUCCUAGUGGAGGACAGGAGUCCUAACGGAGGCGCGUCCUACGCCGACUUUGUGUUCCACCUCCACGUUAAUUCUCUGCACCGUGUUGUGGGAUAAUGGCUCCGUUUCUUGACAUCACGUGUCUUUUAAUCAGGGACAAAGUGUCUUACAUUAUUUGAUUUCCGGUUUUAUGUUCCUCAGCGUGGGACAUGAUUAGCCAGGCUGAACAGGACUCGGGAUGAGGCAUUAAGUAUGAAAGCUAAGCCUAAAGAUCAGACUAAUGUUACAUUUAAUUCUUUAUACCCUUGCAUUACCCGAAAUGCAAAUCACAACUAGCAUGUGAACAUUUCAAGCAAUAAGAAAUCCAUCAUUUAUACACAUUUUAUGCUCUUUACAUAACUUGACUUGUCCAGUAGUGUGUGUGUGUGUGUGUGUGUGUGUGUGUGUGUGUGUGUGUGUGUGUGUGUGUGUGUGUGUGUGUGUGUGUGUGUGUAGGGGGGUUGAUCUACUCAUUUAACAUUUACCUUUGGGUUUGUAUGCAGAUAGAUUUAUUGCAGAAAUGUUCAAAUAAACUGAUGUAUGUGUGACAAA